GCGUCCCGUUGGUUGCUGAUGAGUUACCCCGUACUUUUAAGACAACCGCAAAGUCACUAGUCGCCUGCUGUAAACGCCUAGUGUUUAGAAACACAUUUAUUUCGCUCUUUAUUCGCACACCAGCCCAAGGCGGGUGGCCGCAAAAGGCUUUGCACCGCCACAAGGGCUCGGAGGACGCCGCGGGGAAGACGACUUCGGGCCCCACAGCCCGGCGACCUCCGGGGGGGAGCCGCGCAGAGGGCGGCGAAAGGCGAGGCGGGGGCCGGCAACAACGCCCUUAAAACCAGCGGGACGGGGCCGCGGGGGCUCCAGCCUCGCCUCCCGGAGGGACCUGGCCGGAGGGGGGGCUUUGGCCGGCGGCUUCCCGCAGCUGCCGCUGCCGCUCAGGGCCUCCAAGCCGCUGCCCCUCAGGGCCUGCCUCCCGCCGCCAUGCCUGGGUCGCGGAGGCGGCAGCGCGGCGUGCUGCUGGCGGGCAUCGCCCUGCUGCUGGCCGCCCUCGUCCUGGCCGUCGUGCUGGCCUCCGUCUUCAUGCCGGGGAGGGAGGCGGCAGGCGGGCAGCCGCUCAGGUGGCAGGACAGGGGCACCGCCAGGAGCCUGCGGGAGAUCGUGCUGGGGAGGUGCUACAGCUACCUGGCCGAGCGGCACCCGGCGCUGGGCAGAGAUACGGAUUGCCUAAAAAUAUGGGAAUCGUUUAAAUAUGCGUUCAUUUACAAGAAUCCCUGUAAUACUACCGCAGAAGAUUAUCAGCCUUUAAUGGAGUUGGCAGGUCAUCCCAUACCCUGCAACAAGUCACUGUUUUGGAGCAAGACAAAUGACCUCGCUCAUCGUUACACAAAAUCCAGCCACAAUCUCCUAACCUUGGAGGACUCCUUGCUGGGUUAUAUGUUUGAUGGUGUUUCGUGGUGUGGAGACCCUUCGGCCCCAGGAAUCAACUACGAAUCUUGUCCAAAACGGAGUGAAUGUGAGAGCAACCCCGUCUCUGUAUUCUGGAAAACGGCUUCCAAGAGGUUUGCAGAAGCAGCAUGUGGUGUGGUUCAGGUGAUGCUUAAUGGAUCGAUAGAAGCUGGAGCUUUCAGAAGCAGCAGCAUUUUUGGAAGUAUUGAGGUCUUUAACUUAAAUCCAAAUAAAGUCUCUGAAAUACAGAUUUGGCUUAUGCAUGACAUCGGUGGACCCCAAAGCGAGUCAUGCUCAGGUCAUUCCAUACAGAGGUUAAAACGCAUCUUAGAAGAGCGAAACUUUACGAUCACCUGUGAAGACAAUUACAGGCCGGUCCAGCUCCUUCAGUGUGUACGUACUCCUGACCACCAGGACUGCAGGCUUUGCCCCAGCAGCAUGGAAACUCCGUGAAACACGGUGCUCCACACUAUUUGAUUUUUUUUAUUAUUAUCUGUGUGCAAAACUGGAAAAAACGUGGCUACGUAGCUUAGAGGGACAAAUAGUGCUGUGGUGUACAGAGCCAAUAACCAGCAGUCCUUGCUGUGAUACUAACAGCCAAGUAGCAGGAGGUGGUGCCGUACGUGUGAUUCCUGUACACACAUGAGCAAACGAGCAUACUGUUUCAGGAGGGCCAGGGACUUGUUCGAUGGUUGAGGGCAGAAGCUUUGUUCUGGUUUGUUCCCUCUUGUGCAGCUCCCAUUGUGCACAGAGCAUCAGGGCAGGGCUCCCUGGGGCGUGCACAAAGAGUUUCCAGUGGAGACACAACUUGCCGUGAUCAGUGUGCUGCCUUGGAAAGGCUGGAAGGGAAAUGCCAGGAGCACAUGGAAUAUCCCCCAGCAGGGAAUAUUGCCCAGUGGCACACGUUAUAGACACCAAUGAUUUGUACGGGUCAGGGGAAUCAAUAAGGGAGGCCUGGGAUUUCUCCUCCUGUAGCUGCAUCUGAAGGUUGGAGGUUGCAUUUACCGGGCAAUGGAGCCCCUGGAGUCAAGCAGAGCCAGGCAGGGCUCUGACCCUUCCUCCCAGGGACUGUGGCACCUCUGAUCAGGCAAAGCAAUGAUGGAAGAGAGAAAGCAAUUAUUAUCUUCUAAUGGGGAAACAGCAGAGCUGAGCCAAGAAGAGACCAGAAGCUGCUCAGAGCAUUGCCAGCAUCUGUAAGAACACAUCUGGUGGGUAGCUGGGGAGAGAAAAUAGCAAGACUGACUCAGGCAUUCCCAUUGAAAUAUCUACUGGAAGCAUAGUUGUGGUUCAGGUUGCAUCCUCUUCUUAAUAUAGCAGUAAGUGUGAGCCUUCCAGCUUUCGUAAAGGGCCCCUCAGGCCAGAGCUUGGCCAUCCACUGGGAUAGAGACAAACAUCCAGAGGCUGCUGCAGUAAGGAGUCUCUCCUGACCUCAGGUGCUGAGGCGAAAGGUGAGGCCUUGCAGUGUAUGACUCACAAGCAGAAGGUUGUAAUGCCGUGUAUUUUAGUGACUGCGCAAGCUAGUACAACUUGGAGCACCUCUAGAUAAACGUUUGCUCUAUAAUACAGGAGCCUGCACUGGGCUUGACCAUACCCGAGCCCUUGCCCAUAAUGUUUACAUGAAUUGAAAUGAUUUUUAUUUGCACUCUGUAAUGUAACUGCUUAGAUGCAUUGACUCAGACAUACAUUAAUACUUGUAAAUAGGCUAUUUCUGACUAUAAGUGAAGAGUCUGUCUUCAAGCUCACUUUUGUACCUUUUCUGAUGUAAUGUAAAAUGUUGACUGUCAAAUCAAGACUCUAAUAAAAUUGCUAACGGCAAA